CUAACCGCAUUCUUUAAAGGUGGAGGCAGCUUUGCUUAUAAUGCCAGAUUUUUCAUCUCUGUCCGGCCAAAUGAUGUUGUGGCGCCUUAACAUUUCACAAAUUAUUGCCUGGAUGUAAUUAUUUCUGCAUAAAAUUUUUGAAAAUGAGAAAAUAAAUCGUGAAAGGCGCCUGUCCAAUGCCGGAAGCGAAUUCAGCAAUCUAAAUCGAGGCUGCAGCACCCACGUGGCCGAGAACUAACUGAGCAGCUUCUGGGUAAACGCAAAUUGGAAACUGAUGACGAGAAACUUUAACGGAUGAAAUAUUGAUAUGCCUCCGUCCAUAGUUUCCCAUUCCGUCUGAAGCGUGGGAAAACACAUUAGCCUCCCCUUAUCGGGUUAUGCUCUCCUUUAUUUUUGUGGGGGGACCCACGCCAUUGUGAUACCCGGCACUGCGCAGUGUGUUCGGUAAUCAGUUGUUCUUAACAAUGGUGUACAGAAGUGGGGAACACUUGGAACCAGAGUAUACAAUAACGAUUUGAAUAAUAGUGGUGUCUGUAAUAUUGAAUUCUCGUGGAUUACCCGAUUUGAUUCUUAGUGUGGAUAAUUGUGGAUACUCAUGUUUGUGGAUAAUUCUGGAUACACUUUUAAUUUUUUUUUUAUUCUUGGUGUGACCGACGGAUAUUUCUAGGAGCAGUUGAGAAUUUGAAUGUCCAGACUGCACUCAAGAAGAAUGUCUUCCUCAAAUGCUUCCAGAUUGUUCCAGAGAGCAAAGUUCGUUAUCACCUUGGCGGCCUUCUUAUGCAUCGUCCCUAGUCUCUGUACAGAGGAAGGCGAGACACUCCCCAAGAGAGAGGGCUGCAAGGUUUUUGAAGCGCCUACUCACAAUGUCACUUACAGUAAAGUGUAUCCAGUCCUGAACAACCACCAGGCCUCGGGGCUCCUUCUCAUCGGCUUCGGCGGCUUCUCUGUGCUCCUGGCCUUGCUCUACGUGGCCAUCAGGAAACACGUAUUCCACGACGCCGACAGCCUGGACACCACCUUCGACGCCGGAGGGAAAGUCUCCACCAGCUUGACCGCCGUCACCGUAGCCAGCCAGUUGCUGUGGCCAGGAGAUCUGCUGCAGAGUGCCACCGUGGCCAUCAAGCAUGGAAUCGCCGGCAGUUUUUGGUACACCAGUUGUGCAGUAGUCAACAUGAUUCUGUUUCCGGUCUUGUCAGUACAGUUUAAGACUCGCGCGCCCGGAGCCAAGACAUUUCUACAGGUCAUCCACGCGAGGUUUGGGUUCGUGGCCCACGUUGUCUUCUGUUUCUUCGCUCUGUUGAUGAACUUCAUGGUGACCAUCUGUCUGCUGACCGCUUCGACGGCCUUGUUGCAGGCACUGGUCAAGGAUGCCAGUGGAGAGUACUGUGUCAUCAUCAUGGCUACCCUAUUCGGUAGCUACUCGUUUGUCGGCGGUCUGGGCUCCACCUUCUACGUAUCCUACUUCAACACAGUCAUCAUCUUCAUCUGCCUCUUGAGUUUCACAGUUAGCAUCUUCUACAGCGGCGAGAACGGUGGCUCCUUCAAAGCCAUUGACUUCAUCUACGAGAAGGUCUACUGCCUGGUGGGCCCUCAGAACAACGAAGAGAGAAGCUACAUCACGUUUUGGUCAGAGGGAGCCAUCAUUUGGGCCGUGCAAGGGUUCUUUGCCACUGCCUCCAUCACCUUCUGCGACCAGGCCUCCUGGCAGAGCCGCAUAGCAGCCAAGCCGGUGCAGGGGGUGCUCGGCUUCUUCGCCGCCACCUACAUCUGGUUCGCCAUCCCCUCUACCAUCGGGACCACCCUGGGGCUGGCCUACCUGGCCAAGACUGCAGACAACAAUAACACCAUGCUGCUGGACUCUGGGGACGUUGACCAAGGUUUAGUGACAGUCUUUAUGGCGCAGUCAACCAUGGGGCUCGCAGGAAGUUACCUCGUCCUCACCAUGCUCAUCAUGGCGGUCAUGUCUUCCGGGUCAGGAGAGGUCAUGGCCAUAUCUUCCAUCGUCGUGUACGACAUCUACCAGACACACAUCCGGCCAUUCAAGAAAACCAGGGGUACAGGCCAUUGUGUCCUAUGCGGGGAAGUAAAACCUCGAGAGGCAUCAUCGGACACCUCGGAGAAAUAUGGUGAGGACCACUUCAGUUCCAAAGUCUGCCAGUGCCCCCUGGUCUCUGAGUGUAAUGCCUGCUUUGAAGAUGUUAAAAAGAACUCUAUAAGCAAGGAAACAAACCAGCAGAAGAUUUACAAGUGCCAGUACCAUGGGGACUACAGGGCCUACCUGGACUCGUUGGUCAGUUUCAAGUCUUGGUGUAUCCUAUGGGUCACGAUCGGCCUGGUUCCGGUGGGCAUGGUCCUGCAGGUGUCUGGCGUUGACCUCAACUACGUCAUGGUGUGCGGGUUUAUUCUGACCACGCCCAGUUUCCCCCCAGCUCUCAUGGCUAUCUUGUGGUCAAAGACGUCCGCUUUGGGAGUCAUUGUUGGCAGUGUGGCAGGACUGGCAGGGGGAAUCACUGCCAACUUCAUCACCGCCUCCACGUACGAAGGAGGUUUGGGCAACUUUCUGAGGAACACCUCUCAAGACUACUCUGUGCUGGCCGGAUCCACCACCAGCUUCGGCCUGUCCCUCCUGCUGACCAUCGUGGUGUCACUGCUGACUAAUAAGAUCCAAUCAGACAAAGACGGGUUGGUGGAGUGGCAGAAGGUUCGAGACAUAGACAACCCGCUGAACCCUUGGAACGAGCUGUUCAAGGAAGAGUUCCCGGACUUGAAAGAUGGAGAGAAACCUUCCUACGAUGAACUGGACAAGGUAUUCCGUACAGCAAAGUGGACGGCCUAUAUAGGUGGCGCUAUCAGUCUAAUCAUCUUCAUUGUGGUCAUUCCAGGCAGCAUGGCCAGUAUGCACGUGCUGGACAAGGAGCAGUUCCGAGCUUGGGUUCUCGUUUUACAGUUGUGGGCAUUCAUCAUGGCCGCUAUCGUCAUCGUUGUUGCCCCGGUGGAGGAGAUCAUCGUCAUUUUCAGACAGAUUGGCGCCAACAUGAAGAAUGCCAGGUGGUCGUUGCAGACGACGAACGCCAAAAGGUCCAACAGCAUCCAAGACGAUGGAACAGGCGUGGAUCUCGUCUCCUACAAUGCAGACGCGAACGGCGUCAACGCGUAGUGAUCUGCCUCGAUUUUAGUCGCUUUCGUCUCGUUUUGAAUGUGUGAAAUUUUUUUGAGGUCAAACUUCCGGCAGUGGUCUGAUUAUAACUGCUGUGCAGUAGACAAAGAAGGCAACUCGAUCUAGGCCUACUUGAGGAAACGUGCCGCCUUUAUAUUUGUAACGUUUUUAAAAAGAAAUCUCACUUUUUUGUCGUGCGAUAGUAACACAGUGUACUGAAAAGACCAUUACAAGUUGUUGUUUUUUUUAUUUUAAUCAAAUUAGUCUCACCAAAAAUUAAACUAUUACAGAACUAAAUAAAACUAUAUUUACAGUGAGCAUUUUUAUUGAUGAAACCGGUAUGAUUUAUACCAAAACUACUUAUAAAAUAUAUUUUAAAGACUAAAAAAAAAAUAAGUCCAGAUAAAUAGCAGGUUAAAAAUAAUUUUGUUAAUGAUCAUUGAAUAUACAACAUAUUGAUUUUACACGACGUGUCUCAAAUGUUAAAUUUAAUAAAUGAAAUCAAUUUGGACAUUGUAGGCUCUUACAUCCGUUCUGCAUUAUUUGAAAAAAAAAAAAAAAAACCUUUUUAGUAUCAUGACAGUCAAUCCAAUAUUUUACUGUUUUUUUUUUUUCAAGAUAUUUUUUUCUGGGAAAAGGGAGGUCACUUGAUUUUCAAAGACUUUAGAAACUGUCACAUUUACUUCCCAUGUAAGAAUCAAUCAAUAUAUCUGUAUCUGUAUAAAAUAUUAGUAAAAGAGUUAUAAUAUUAUCUGAAAAUAGUAAACUAAGACAAUAUCUUGUUUUUUAUGAUAAUUUCAUUUCAUGUUUAUCUAUAAUAAAAUUCAUUUACCUGUAAAUAUGUAUCUAGGUCAUGACCAAUCACAAAAGUUGUAAGUAUCGAUAACUCGCUGAAAUAAUGAAUUGUCAAUCAUACACAGCAUAGGAGUCCAACCCGAUGGAUUCGAGUUCAUACCUAGCCUGUAGUUAUCCAUAACCAAAUUGCGAAAGAGCUAGUUAAGCAUGCAACAAUUAUUUACAAAAUAUAGGUCCAAAUCUUGUGAAACAGAGCGAAUUCCAAAACAUAUUGUAAAAUACUUUGUUGUUAGACAGUCUACGUUUAUAAAUACCAGGGCGUCGUUAUAAAUCGCUAGAUAUAUGUUUUAAAACCCAAGGUGUCAAACAGAAAUUAUACCAAUGUUGCUAUAUGUCAGUAUUAUUAAUCAAAGCACUGACUUGGGGCGAGUUUGUUGAUAAACUAUACCAUCUAAGCGUCAUAUAGUUUUUUAGUUUCUGUCGCAGUAAAUUUACAUCAUGUAAAUAUAUAUAUAUAUAUUAUUUUCUGAUUAUUUGUUUGUAGUCAGGUUAUGAAUAGGGUCUUCUCCAAUUAUAUAUUAUAAUCAUCUUUAGUUGGAUUAAGUAAAAGUGUAUGAAUGCAAAGACACUGAAGAAUUCUGAACUUGCUGUCAGUUGAUGAAUUCUGUUUAUCAUGCUAGAUUUCAGUGUAGACCUGGAGUGAAAGCCUGUCAAUGCAAUUUUUUUUAAUAACAACUAUAAAACGAAUCUGUAAUAUUGAUAACAGCGAGACAUUUGGACAAUGCACUUGUUAUAUCAUACUAGUGAUAUACGUAUCAAUGUGACCUGUGUGUAUAGUUUCAAAUUAGUUUGUGAUUUAACUCAGUAAUGUUCCGUCCACUUUGUAUUGUUAGGGCUGUCUGCGAUUUGCCAUUGACAAAGUGUGAUCUAAUGAGUGAUAUUUGUUUUUUUUAUUUUUCAAGACAUGUUAGUCAUUAUAAACUAUGACUAAUUGUGAUGAUUUGCAUACGGUCUUGUAGAAAUAUAUUGAUUUUUAUUUAAAUAUAUUUAAAUAUUUAUUAAAUAUAUUAAUUUCAGCCUAAGUCAAAUUUGGUAAAAAAUUCUCUGAGUUUACAUAACAAGCUAGCUUUCUUUGAUGUUGUUUUUUUUAAACUAACGAACUAACUGAAUACACGGUGUUACCCGUGUUUGUCCCCCAGUAAGAAUUCUAACGUAAAGUACGAUCUCUACAACGACCUAAGAAAUACUCAUGCUAAGUUGUAUUCAGACAAACGGUGUAGACUUCUGCCAAUAACCAGGUUUCAGUUAGGGAACUGCUCGACGCCGAUGACGCAACGUAAUCUUCUACAACCUCAGACCUUGAUCGACAGACUGUCAGCUGCAGAUCAGAAGUUUGGCUUCAACAUUAGUCAAAGUACUAGCCCAAGAUAGAAGCAUAGCCACCUACGUGGACAACCCUUGGAAAUAGUUGACAAUUUCUGUUACCUUGGCUCCAUUAUCUCCAAUGUGUUCUACUAGACAUCAACAACGGGAUAGCUAAGGCAAUAGGCAGCAUGUCACGGCUGCAGAAAUUCAGCAUGUCACGGCUGCAGAAAUUCAGCAUGUCACGGUUGCAGAAAAUCAGCAUGUCACGGCUUUAGGAAAUCAGCAUGUCACGGCUGCAGAAAUUCAGCAUGUAACGGCUGCAGAAAAUCAGCAUGUCACGGCUGCAGAAAUGUAUGUGGGUCAAUACUUUGCUGACUAAUAAUACCUAAACCCUAAAACCCUAGUCUAUCGGGCCUGUAUGAUGAGCACUUGGCUAGAUGGCAGGAAAAGAAGGUCAAUAUCUUCCGUCUCCGAAGCUUAAAAGGCAAAUUAUGUAAAUAACGUCUUAAGACAAAACCAACAAUGAGGAAGUCUUACUAAGAGAAGGCUGCCAGAAGACGCGCACUGAUAAUCAAAUGUAAAAAAAAAAAUUUCUUAGACAUGUACACUGAAUGCCUCCGGUUCGACUCCCACAAAAUAUAUUGUUUGAUGGAAAACUGCAGGUCGCUCACUCUUAAGCUACGAAGAUCUUGACGACACCAUCAGUUGAGGGUUGGGGUUGACUACUCAAAUUUGAGUUGAGAUCGGGCAAAGCACUUUUAUAAAUAUAUACAUAUUUACAACAGAUUUGUAUUAGAUGAUUACAGUGUGUACUAUUUAAGUUGUGAGUGGACCUUAUUUUGUAUACCUCAGUUGUGUAACUCUUGGCACUUGACGAUAUGGGGAGGUAACCCUUACGGAAUUAUCGCCACUUCUUCAAAUUGUGCCGAUGUGCCAAAUAAUUCAAAAUCUCAAAUCAAAUACCAACAGUUGGGGGGGGGGGGGGGUGAGUACAUUAUGCGCCUGCGUGGAGGGCUUAUGGUAAGAAGGAGGGGGUCAAGGGUCACAGUCAGACACCAGAAGCAAGGAAAAGGCUGAAAAACUUUUAAAUUUUUAAUGAAUACAAACGACGGUGGAGGAACAUUAAGGACUGAACUUUUUAGUCACAGAUAUUUAAGAAACAACAAGCCAAUAGUGGCAGCCGUUAAUUUUUCCAAAACGAUAUUUUAUUCGCGGCUUCAUUGCGUUGUCAUAAUGAUAAUGAUAAGGCUUGUCUUCAGGUCCGAAGAAUUAAUGAGGCAUGCAGUAUUUCCCGUGGUUACGCAGACCCAGCUGUGACCUACAUAUUUUGCCACAUCCAGGGCAAGCAUAACCAUUGUCCGCCGCAGGAGUACGGACGCAGACGACGUUGUCAAUGAUAAGGCUUGUCUUCAGGUCCGAAGAAUUAAUGAGGCAUGCAGUAUUUCCCGUGGUUACGCAGACCCAGCUGUGACCUACAUAUUUUGCCACAUCCAGGGCAAGCAUAACCAUUGUCCGCCGCGGGAGUACGGACGCAGACGACGUUGUCAUCAUCCUGUUUACAAUGCGAUUGGAGUGACUUGGAAAAUGGGGGGGGGUCUGGUUCGAAUCUCAAAGGAAUUGCUUUCACAUGCACCUUGGAUUUUUAAAGCAAUAAGUUAUUGCGCUAUGAGGGCUAGGGGAGAGAACAUUCUACUACAUUAAAACAUUUAUCUUUCGGAUGUAAUGACCCGAUGCUUUAUGAUGAAGAAAGGUUUUUCAUUAUAUAACAAAAAUCUUGUAUGUUAUCUCGGUCGUGAGUCUGUGUUAUAUUUUGCUUAGGAAGAGACUGUGAUAUAAGAAUCUGCCUCAGUUGUGUAGUAUGUUUUAAACCAUUACCAAGUCCAAUGUAGACCUUUAAAUCUGUGUGUUAGACAAGUCUUUGUUCAGUAGUGUAUAGAAAUACAUGGUGUUAACGUUUGGUUUAUAAAAUGAUCAUAAUUUUAAGAAGUUUAGAUCUAGAGAUGUACAAUAACAAUUUUAGCAUGAUAUUUUGA